AUGGCUUAUAAUGGCUACAACGGCUUCAACGACGAUGUUAUGGACGGGGUCGAGGCCUCAGGUCCCAAAGUCACUGUGAGAGAAGUCGAAUCAGAUCGCUGCGAUUUUGUCCUACAGUCAUGCUCUCUCGCUCUCGCAAACUCCCUGCGCCGCGCCAUGCUCGCCGAAAUCCCUACCAUCUCGAUCGACCUUGUGGACAUUACCACAAACUCCUCUGUUCUUCCUGACGAGUAUCUCGCACACAGACUAGGUCUCGUUCCCUUGAUCAGUAAAGGCGUGGACGAGAACUUGAACUAUGGCAGAGAUUGUGAUCGCUGCGACGACCAUUGCGAAUACUGUUCCGUGGUCCUUCGCCUUCACGUCAAAUGUUCCCAAGCUGGCACGAUGCUCGUGCAUGCGAAUGACCUCAUCGUCGCAAAUCCCCGCCAGGAUGGUAUUGGCCAGCCAGUGAUCCGUGAUGUUAAUGGCAGCGGACCACUGAUCGCCAAGUUGAGACAGGGGCAAGAAAUUCAGUUGGAAUGCAUCGCAAAGAAGGGUAUCGCAAAAGAGCACGCGAAAUGGGCACCCACCUCGGCCGUGGGCUUCGAGUACGACCCCAACAAUAAGCUGCGCCACGUCGACUACUGGUAUGAGACAGACGCCAAAGAAGAGUGGCCGGUGGACGAGCGCAACGCCACGUGGGAAGGAGACGAGUCCGCUGCCGACGCCGCCUUUGAUCCUGAUGCUGUUCCGAGUGCAUUCUUCUUCGAUGUCGAAGGCAUCGGCACCCUCGAACCAGAUGAUAUCGUCCGCGGCGGAAUUGAAGUGAUCCAGAAAAAGCUGGCCGAGACCAUCAAGGUCCUGGGAGGCGCCGAGGCCGCUGGUGUCGACGGAAUGAAUGGCCUCCAAAGUCCUGAUGGCUACGAACCGGCUCCUCCCAAUGGAGCGUUCGGUUCAUACGGCGGUGCCCUCAGGGGUGGUACGACUCCUUAUGGUGUAACUCCAUACGGCGCCGGUGGUUACGGUUCAGGCUACUAA